AUUUCGAAAUAAUCAAUCGAUAAUUUCUACGCGAAAACAAAUGCACCGCCCGUUCCGUUGCCCAGUCUUGGUGACCGGCGUCGUCGUCGGCGGAGCCGCUCUUCUGGCGAUUGCCGCCUACUACUACUGGAGCCAGAAAAAGAAAAGCUCUGAUACUUCAUCUGCCACGUCAUCGGAGUCCAACGAUGUUGUCAUGAUGUCAUCAUCGGAGCCCAGAGCCGAUGGAGGAGCCGAUUCGAAGGCAAAGUUCAAUAUUGAGGAUGAAAAUGUGAGAAGAGUCUGCGAGAAGCUGUUCAUGGAGCAGAUGGAUUUGGGGGAAGCUUAUUUGGAGGAUGAAGAAACCGAGGAGCUCGGCGCAAUCCACAUGGCCAACGCAAUCGUGCUCACCGGAGAGACUGCUCAGCUGCUCAAAGUGCUCCGCGGCUCGAUUUCACCGGCUCACUUUGCCAAUAUUCAAAAGUACCUCCCAUCGGCUGACUUGCGUGUUCACCAGCUUCUCCAAGACGAGCUCGCCAUUGAGACUAUUGCCCAGCAUUUCGACUAAGCUCAACUUCUUUUUUUUUUUUCAAAACUCGAGAUUUUUUUAAGAAUGUUUAAAAUAGUAAGAUUAAUUUUUUUAUGUGAGCAAAAUAAAGUGGGUACCCAUAAAUAAAUGACGUCACAGGAAA